AUGCCUAUAGCCACGAUCAAAGAUGGACGAUGUUACUGUUUUAAACUGAACAGCGACACUCAAAGGGGUAACGUGGCACUGUCAUCCUUCUUCGUGAAAACAGCUGAAGAAACAGAUUGUGUAUCGGAAGGUUACACCAUGUAUUCUGGUCUUGGUGUAUGUAUCAAAUAUUCUGGUACCAGUAAAAAGGAUUUCCCUGGAGCUCAAGAGACUUGUAACCAAGAUGGCGGUUAUUUGAUGAAGAUAGAUUCUCAAACUAAAAUAAAUACUAGCAUGUCUCUCGUGACUGAAGGUAGCAACGAUCUGGCUACGCGGGAAUCUUCGGGGUACGGAAAGGUAAACAAAGGUAUUGUCUGA